AGGAUGGCUGCCCCGGGCUGCUUCCCGCUGCUGGUGGACGGGUCCUGGGGCGCCGACCCCCCGAAGAAGUUGAGCACCAAGUUGCAUCUGUACUUCCAGAGCCCGAAGAGAUCGGGAGGCGGGGAGUGUGAGGUCCGCCAGGAGCCGGGCAGCCCGGGCCGCUUCCUGGUGCUCUUUUACCCUUUUUCAGUUCGGCAGAGGGUUCUGGAGAGAGAGAACCAUGAGUUAGUAUGGCCAGAAAAAGGAACAUUUAAGUUAACGGUCCAGUUGCCCACAGCCCCAAAUGAAGUCCGUGAUGUCUCUGAGGGGAAAAUUCCAACAAAGGAAUCCAAGACCAAAGACCAUGCCAAGGAACCAGAUGCUUCGGAAGAUACAAAAUCUCUCUAUAGAAGAUCAGAAAAAAUGGAAGAUUUCCCAGAAAAAUGUGAAAAUAUUCCCUCUUUGGUUGCAUUUGAAAAUCUCAAAGCACAUGUCACUGACAUGAUGAUAAUCUUGUUGGUGGAGAACAUAAGUGGUCUGUCCAGUAAUGAUUUUCAAGUGGAAGCAAUACGAGAUUUUGAUGUCGCUGUAGUUACCUUUCGAAAAUAUAUAGAUGCCAUGAAGUUUGUUGAAGAUUGUACUAUGCACCAUACAGUGAAACAACUUCAGCUUUCUCCAAGACUUCUGGAAGAGACAAAAAUAAUCAGGGUCGAGAACCUGCCGCCUGGUGUCGACUCCUAUAGUUUGAAAUGUUUAUUUGAAAAUCCUCAAAAUGGAGGGGGAAGAGUUGCCAAUAUUGAAUGUUUUCCUGAAGAGAGUUCAGCUCUGAUUGAAUUUUAUGACAGAAAAGUGUUAGACACCAUCAUGACCAAGGACCUUGACCUCAGUAAUAUGCCACUCUCCGUGUUCCCAUACUAUGCCUCUUUGGGGACAGCUUUGUAUGGGAAGGAGAAGCCUCUGAUCAAGCUUCCAGCACCAUUUAAAGAAUCUUUGGAUCUUUCUUUAUGGAAGUUCUUACACAAAAAGAAUCACCUGAUUGAGGAGAUAAAUGAAGAAGUGAGACGUUUUCACUGUGAGCUAACAUGGUCCGAACUCAGUGGUGAAGUUACCAUCAGACCUGCGGCCACCUUAGUCAAUCAAGGAAGAAAAAGAAUAAAGAACUGGAAGAAAGAUGCUUCCACAGCAUUCUUUGACAUAAGGUCUAGAUAUAAAGUUACCCUAUUUAAAGUGGAUGCAAAAGUGUGGGACACCAUAAAAAGUGAUUUAGAAGAUGAAAGAUUUUUUAUUGAGUUUGAUAAACUUAUGGAGAUUAUAAUCUUAGUGGGAGAAUCAAAGGAUGUACAGAACAUUGAGCCACAAAUCAAGGAAUUAAUAGAAAACACCACUCAAAAAAUUAAAAGAGAAGAGCAAAGUGUGAAGGUAGAAGUGUCCAUUUCUCCAAGAAAGUAUUUUCUUUUGUGCCACAGUGGUGUACAGGAGCAUCUCCACAAGGAGUACCCAGAGAUGAAGAUUUUUUAUGACAAAGCCACUCAACACAUGUGCUUUAAAGGACUCGGUGUAGAUGUGUAUAAAGCAAAGUGUGAAGUCCAGGAUAAGGUGUUUAACAUGGUUCAGAAGAGCAUUCAGCUUCCCCCUGAGGUUUUCCAGUUUUUGCAACAGGCUGACUGUUCAGAAUUCUCUAAGUCUCUUUUGAUAGCACAGGAAAUUCUUGCAGUUUAUGAGCUAGAGGGUACAACUGUUGUCUUAACCAGCUGUUCUUCUGAAUUCCUAUCAGAAGCUGAAAAGCAGAUGGUCAGUGCCUUAAGUUAUAAGCGCAUAGACAUUGAAGACAGGCAAAUUCUUAAUGCCAAGAGAUGGAAAGCAAUCACUCACAAUUUGCUCAGGAAACAUAAUUCCUCCUCAAAGACUGUAAUAAUCAAUGAGUUAGCCUCAGAAACCACAGCUGAGGUCAUCAUUGCAGGCUGUGUGAAAGAAGUAGAUGAAAUCUACAAAGUCCUUUCUGACUUUGUGGAAAAAAAUAUGAAAAUAGAGAGACUCAUUGAGGUAAAGCAUCCCUUAGUUAUUGAUUAUUUAAAGGCAGAGAAGAAACUAUUCUUGCAAAAGAUAAAGACAAAGAAGAUAAAUGUUCAGGUAGAUUUUGAUUUUAAGAACAAGUCAAAAGGCAUUUUACUAAUUGGCUCAAAGUCCGAAGUCCUGGAGGGAGCAAAAAUCCUCAAGGAAGCCAGGGAUUCAAUUUGUGUUAAAAGCAUCACUAUUGAUAAGCCAGGAGCCAGGCAGUCCUUCCAGGAUAACGCAUGGUUUUAUAAACGUGAGAUCCGGUCACAUGGUUGUUUUGUGGAACUGCUGCAGAAUGAAGAAAAGGCGCAGGGAGGUGGCACUGAUGGGCAGAAGUUCUACUGUCAGACAGAACUGGCCCCCGGAGUCUCACUGAUCGUGCGGCUAGGCGACUUGACACAGUUUCCUGUGGACGUGGUGGUCAAUUCCGCGAAUGAGGAGCUCCGGCUCAGCGGCGGCCUGAGUGCUGCUCUUUCGAAAGCAGCUGGCCCUGAGCUCCAAGCAGACUGUGAACGGAUAGUGAAGAAAAAGGGCAAGAUCCCACCUGGCCAUGCCAUCAAUUCGAAAGCGGGAAAGCUCCCAUGCCACCAGGUGAUCCACGCAGUAGGACCCAAGUGGAAGGCAGAGGAUGCCCAGAGGUGUAUGUCACAGUUAAAGGGAGCAGUGAAGAAAAGUCUCCAUUUGGCAGAAAAGCUCCACUGUCAGUCCAUAGCCAUCCCUGCCAUUAGUUCUGGAGUCUUUAGCGUUCCCUUAUCCCAAUGUGUGGAGACCAUCGUUUUGGCCGUCAAGGAAACCUUCCAGUAUAACUGGGAUGGACGCACCUUGAAAGAGGUUUACCUUGUGGAUUCAACUGAGAAGACUGUUGAGGCCUUUGUUGAAGCUGUGAAAAUUAUAUUUAAAAACACCGUGCCUGAUGCUGCUUCCCCGCUCAGUGUGCCGGCAGCAGUCCAGCCCAGCCUGAGAAACAACGAUGGAAACAGAAAAAUGCUCUUGUGCCCGGGUGGUCUGAGGAUCCUGCUGGUGGAAGACGACGUGCAGAACGCUACGACCGACGUUGUAGUCAACUCCAUUCCUAGGAAUCUCGACCUUAAUAGUGGGCCCCUUUCUCAGGCCCUCUUGGCAAAAGCUGGGCCAAAUCUCCAGGAGGAAUUGAAUACAACUGCACAAGGGAUGACUAUUGACGUGGGCAAGAUUCUCCAAACAACAAGUCAUAAUCUGCAAUGUUGCGCAGUACUUCAUGUGGUGGCUCCGAGCUGGAAUAGUGGCGACACAUCUUCAUAUAAGAUCAUGCAAGACAUAAUCAGAAAAUGUUUGGAAGUCACUGAGAGCAUGCUCUUAAAAUCGAUUGCAUUUCCAGCCAUAGGAACAGGCAAUUUGGGGUUUCCUAAAACCAUUUUUGCUGAAUUAAUAAUUUCAGAAGUGUUCAAAUUUAGUAGCAACAAUCAACCAACAGCUCUACAAGAGGUUUGCUUUCUGCUGCAUCCGAAAGAUCAUGAGAAUAUUCAGGCAUUUUCAGAUGAAUUUGACAAAAGGGCUAAUGGAAAUUUCAUCAGUGACAAAAGUCCCAAGGCUGACAAUACACAAGUUAUCUAUGGGACUGUUACCAACCCUAGCUCAGGAGUUCAUGAAAUGAAAAUUGGCCCCAUCACCUUCCAGGUGGCCUCUGGAGAUAUUUCUAAAGAAGAGGCAGAUGUGAUUGUAAAUUCAACAUCAAAGACAUUUAAUCUCAAAGCAGGGGUCUCCAAAGCAAUUUUGGAACAGGCUGGACAAAAUGUGGAAAUGCAAUGUUCUCGCCUAGCUCAACGGCAAAACAAUGGUUAUAUAAUUACUGAUGGUGGAUUACUGAAGUGCAAGAAUAUUAUUCAUGUCAUUGGCGGAAAUGAUGUCAAGAGAUCGGUUUCCUGUGUUUUGCUAGAGUGUGAAAAACGGAAUUACUCGUCCGUUUGCCUCCCAGCCAUUGGGACAGGAAAUGCUAACCAAGACCCACAUAAGGUUGCUGAAGCCAUAAUUGAUGCCAUUGAAGACUUCAUCCAGAAAGGAUCAGUCCAGUCUGUGAAAAAAGUUAAAGUUGUUAUCCUUCUGCCUCAAGUACUGGACGUAUUUUGUGCCAGCAUGAAAAAAAGAGAAGGCGCUCAGGCUGCUCCACAGUCUGUGAUAUCUAAAAUUGCAUCAUUUUUUGGCUUCUCAAAGCAACCUCCCCCAAAACAAAAGUGUUUUGUUUUCGAGAAGAAAAUAGAAUCAGCAAUUUUUCAGGUGUGUGGUGAAAAUGAAAAAUGUGUGGAAAAAGCCAUCUCCACUUUACAGGAUCUGAUUAAAAAGGAUCAGAGGUCUUACACCAGUGUAGAUGAAUGUAUCAAAGACUUUGAUGGAAAGGAAUGUCAGGAAUUGAAUAAGCUGCAGAAGGACUUGAAUAUUACAGUGCACUUCGACCAUCAAAAACCUCUGAUUGAAGUUUCAGGAAUCACCAGAGAUGUGGAACAGGCUAGAAAUACAAUUGAGGAAAUGAUCAAGACAGUUAGAUUAGCCAAAGAGCAGGAAUCCAGAGCAGAUUACGUCAGUAACUUUGUAGAAUGGCAAUAUAACGACAAUAACACUUUUUAUAAUUUUGACAAAAUAACCAAUCUGCAAUUGGAGGAUGCAAGAAAAAAAGAGGGAAAACUAGUUGUCAAAAUUAAUAAGCAGAGCUACACAGUGGACUUGAAAACAUUCAUUGCUACAGAUGCAAAGGGACACAGCUUAUCUGUUCAGCGCCUCAUGAAACCUGAAGUUGAAGUCCCUGGACACUGGAGUGAUAUGAAGCAGCAGCGUGUCUGUCUUGUUGAGCUACAGCCUGGUCAACCAGAAUACGGCAAAGUGGCAGACACAUUCAAUCAGACCUGCUCACAUUUCAAGAUAGAGAAGAUUGAGAGGAUCCAGAAUCUAGGUCUCUGGAAAGCCUACCAGAUAAAGAAAAAAAUCAUGGAUGACCACAAUGGCAAUACACAAAAUGAGAAGCUGCUCUUCCAUGGGACAGAUGCUGGCUCGUUGCCACAUGUCAACCAAAAUGGCUUUAACCGCAGUUAUGCAGGAAAGAAUGCUGUAGCAUAUGGAAAGGGAACCUACUUUGCUGUCAGUGCCCAAUAUUCUGCCAAUGAUACAUACUCCAAACCAGAUGUAAAUGGGAGAAAGUAUAUGUACUUUGUGCGGGUGCUUACUGGAUUGUACGAACGUGGACAUCAGGCAUUAAUUGUGCCUCCUCCGAAGAAUCCUCAAAAUCCUAUGGAUCUGUAUGACAGUGUCACAGAUAAUGUGAACAAUCCCAGUUUAUUUGUGGUAUUUUAUGACAACCAGGCUUACCCAGAGUACCUCAUCACUUUUCGAAAGUAGCGUUUUGGUAUCCUUCACAGAAGACAUUCAUCUAUACAAGCGGUUUUCAACUAUUUCAUCUCAUGGCACAUGUAAACUAAUUACUAAAAUUCUUUGACACACCAAAAAAAAACCAGUAUAUUUUUU